GCCAAGCUUUUGGAGCCAAGUCAUUUCCUCCACCUUAUCUAGCACCAAACACUCAAGCCAACUCAAUCCUCGGAGGAAUAAAUUAUGCUUCUGGAGCCUCUGGAAUAUUAGAUGAAACGGGGGUUUUAUUUAUUGGAAGAGUUCCACUGCGUGAGCAAGUAAAUAAUUUUGAGCAAAGCAGAAGUUACAUGGUGGAAGUAAUGGGAGAGAAGCAUACAAUGGAGUUUCUAAAGAAGGCAAUCUUCUCAGUCACAAUUGGAUCCAAUGAUGUCCUCAACUAUUUCCAACCAACCAUACCUGUUUUUGGUAAUGGCAAAGUCUCUCCUAACUUGUUCCAAGACUUCAUGGUCUCUAACUUGACUAUACAUCUCAAGAGAUUGCACUUGUUGGGAGCUAGAAAGUUCAUUGUGGUAGGAGUUGGACCGCUAGGAUGCAUACCCUUUAUUCGUGCCAUCAAA